GAAUAGUGUAUUACAAUCAUGCAGUGCAAUCAAAUACAUUGAUUCAUUGUAUCGUGAGAAAACGCAGUACUGUAUCCUAUUGUAAAAGCGCAAUGCAAUACAAAUCGUGCAGCUGAGGCGAAUGCAGAGUACAGUAUGUUCGUCUCUGUAGAGAGGAGACAGUCCGCUGACUCCCUUUGGAGCCUCCCCCUCCUCCGUUUCUCGGCCGUCUUCUCUGUAACCCCGCUCCCAUCGCGAGUGAGAUAGAGGCUGGCGUGUUGCGCAAUCAAACAGGGAGCGGGCUGUGUACUCACCCUGAACCAGAUCCAAUGCAAGGGGGAGUGUUUCACGUGAAGUGUGUUGUAUUAACCGUCUUCACUUCUGUGCAGCGCUGGACGGGAAUGUGUAUUCGAUCUGUGAAGGAAGGAUGUGAGGAAAACGCGUAGUGAAGCUUGGAUUUAUAUCUACCUUGGUUUUUAGCGUCAUACUUUCCAAAACAAGCUUUCUUCUUGUGUUUCUUGUUGCAAAACUGGUCCCUGCAAAGCUGUCCACGGAACACCAGCUUGUCUAGAUGCGCAGAAGAGGUCCAUUAUGGGACACGCAUCAGAAAAUAACAGAACAGUUACGAGAAGAGGAAAACGAGGAGGUAAACAAAAGAAGACUCAGAAAUACCACUCAGCAGAGACUUUAGGGUACAACUUAUCAGGGUGUGUGGGUACAGUGAGUCGUCACCAUGGCCCUGGUGCAGACUCUGCUCGUUCCUAUUGAUCACCAGAACGCCGGCAUCGAUCUCCAGCAUCGGGCUGUUUCCAGAUCCCCCUCCAGCCACAGUGCAAUGGGUUCGGUCAGCAGCCUGAUCUCGGGGCGCAGCUAUCAGGAGCAUCCAUGCAACACCACUGACUUCCCCUCCAAGAGCCGCAAGCCAGUGUUGGGACCCAACUACUUCCGCCAGCAAGAUGGGCAGCUCAGGAACGGCUGCUCUAAGGACCCCCUGGUCAGUGCUGUGCCAGCCAGGAAGGCAGCCCCUGUUACCGGGAGCAACAGUAAUUAUGCUUACCUCAACGAGGAAUUUGUUGGGGACUGGAAUGACAAUAAUAUGACUCCCGGCAGCCCUUGUAGCGAUCCCGAGGAACUUCGGGAAGCAAAAGCAGCAAACGGGAACAUCGGGGGACCCCCGCCAAAACUGAUUCCUGUUUCCGGAAAACUGGAAAAGAACAUUGAGAAGAGGUUAAUCCGACCCACAGCCUUUAAACCUGUGGUGCCCAGGAACCGAAACUCUGUGCAGUACCUCUGUCCACGGCCAGGGGGCAGCGCAGGGAGUGGCAGCAACCUGUCAGAGAGCCAGGGCAGCCUGAACCUGCUCCUCCCGGCAGACAAGCGCAGCUCCUACAGCGGGGGACGCAACGGCAGCAACCAGUCCUGUACCAUGUCAGACUCUGGCAGGAACUCUCUGUCCAGCCUGCCCACCUGCAGCACCAGCUACAGCCUGUCCCAGACUGAGGCCCCCAGCGCACACCUGGACCCCUCCCGGGCAGCCCCCAGGCAUGGCCACUCCAACUCGGACAGCGGGCGCUCCUCAUCCAGCAAGAGCACUGGUUCUCUGAGCGGCCGGGGGCAGCCCCUCUCAGACAGCGGAUCCUGUGGCCGCUCCCCUGGCCCAGCGGAGGUGGAGGAGGGGCUGAUCCGCGAGCUGGAGGAGAAGCUGAGAGAGAGGGAGCUGGAGCUGCAGCAGCUAAGGGGCAACCUGGACGAGAAUGAAGCCGCCAUCUGUCAGGUGUAUGAGGACAAGCAGAAGCGCUGUGAGUUGGAGCUGGAGGACCUGCGUCAGAGCUGCUCCUCUAAGCUGAAGCAGGCCUCCCAGAAGGCUCAGCGUGCCCAGCAGGUCCUGCAGCUGCAGGUCUUCCAGCUCCAGCAGGAGAAAAAGAAACUGCAGGAUGACUUCAGUCAGCUCCUUCAGGAGAGGGAGCUCCUGGAGAAGAAGUGUGCCUCCAUGGAGCAGCAGCACACCGAGCUGGGGCCCCGGCUGGAGGAGACCAAGUGGGAGGUUUGCCAGAAGUCUGGAGAGAUCUCCCUUCUCAAGCAACAGCUGAAGGAUUUGCAGACAGACUUGAGCUUGAAAGCCAGUGAGAUUAUUUCCUUGAAGGCGCAACUGCGCGAGUCCAGGGCCGAGCUGCAGACUGCCCAGGCGCACCUCCAGGAGCUGCACUCAGCCACACGCACACGCACCCUGGAGCUGGAGGUAUGCGAGAAUGAACUGCAGCGCCGCAUCAGCGAGGCUGAGCUCCUGAGGGACAAGGUGGGCCGGUUGGAGGAGGAGGUUGUCCGUCUUCGGGAAGCGCUGAAAACCUCCAAUGGGCAGUGCCUAGGGAGGAGCUUCGGCCUGUCUGCACCCACAGGCUCGGGCUACAGGGAGGAAGAGCAGUCCAUGGCAUGUGAGAGUGAUGAAGCCAAAGCCCAGCGUCAGAAUGCAGAUGCCCUGCAGGGCCUGAAACAGCAAGUGGAGAGGCUGAGGGCAGAGCUGAUGUACGAGAGGCGGAAGAGCGAGGACCAGUCGGAGAACUUUGAGUACGAGAAGCGGAUCUGGCAGGAGGAGAAGGAGAAGGUUAUCCGCUACCAGAAGCAGCUGCAGCAGAACUACAUACAGAUGUACCGCAGGAACCAGGAGCUGGAGGGGGCCAUGAGGGAGCUGAGCCUGGAGUUGGAGACCCGGGAGCUGGAGGAUUUCGAGGUGCGCAGCACGGAGAUCAGAUUCGAGGAAAUCACUGCCACAGAGAUUUAGCACCAGGGCUAAAAGCCAUUGGUCCAUCUGAGGCCAGUCGAGCUUCAAAGAAUCAACAUUUCAAAGACUCACGCCAAGCCCAGAGCUAUGGGGACACAGCAGGCUGGGAGAAUAUGCAAACAGUUUUUUAUGCAGCAUUCAGUCAGAUAAUCUAUUUUGUAAAACCCCAGGGAGGUGACCCCUUCCCUGGGCACACACAACAGUGCCAUUCUGUGCUAUAGAGGGUUAACAGUUAUCUGGAUAGGCUUCUGUUUCUUCCUCUGCAAUGGGAAGUAAAGCAGCAAACCGAUGCAUAACGGUAUUGAACAACAUGUGCUUUUUUUUCAAAAAGGGAAACCAAUGGGUCUGAAUUCAGGACUUGCCGCUAUUUCAGUAACCAAGCUUGUUUAGCACAAAGAAACCUUCGUUAAGACCAGAUCUGUGUUUGGCCCCAGCGGAUUGCCCUAAAACCGAAUCACACGCUAUGAAGAGGAGUUAGCAGAACUAUGCCUAUGGGGUAAGACCUGGAGGUGUUAAGGAGCCAUGGCUUUAGUCUGCCAUUCCUGUAAGGGGAUUCAUAUGUCAUAUUUCAGGUUGAAUGUGGCACUGCAGUACACCAAAUCUGUUGCUACAAAACCUCUUUUUGUGAUCUGUUGUUUUUGGAUACAUUUGUUUUUGGACCUUGAGAAACUUUUAUUAAUAAAACAGAGACACAGCCAAGUCCUUCUGAUCAGUCCUCCCAGUUAACAUGCCAAACACCAUUCGGAAGAAACUUGAUUGGGUUCGUGUUGAGCUGAUGAUGAUGAUGAAGUGUCUAUUGAAUAAAAGCUUCCCAGAGAGGGUGUGCAGUUUCCAUACCUGAAGGGAUCAAUUCUAAUUUUGAUGGUUGAAGUUGAACCCACUUUUCAGAUGUAUAUUUUUGUAUGAUGAACUGCAAAAGCCAAAAUUGUUUUUUUUGUACCUAAACGCUUAAUAAACCACAUUUCCUUAUAAUAGUCGCAGACAAAAGUAUUGGCCCUCUAUGCUUAAAGUUUAUUUUAUUUUAUUUUUUUUUUGAUAAAGAUUAUUUGCUACAGCACUAGAAAUGGUGUGUUUUGCUUUUUGUUAAAGUUUGCUCAAUACUUGUCCUUUUAAUCUGUUACCUUGAAUUCUAGUAUGAGUCUAGUGUGCUGUUACUUUUGUCUGCGUCUGUACAUGCUGUAGAUAGUUUGUGCAGCUUGCUGAUGUAGGCUGUGGAUGUAAUUCACUGCUAAGGAUGUAAUCGUGUGACCAUUGUUUAUCUCCAGCUCUUACUGGAAGGACUCUUUCUGUCUCUAUUCCCUCUUAUCUAUAGGGUUUCUGUCUGCAGGAUGCUGCUCCCAAGUAAAGCCUGACUUCACAAGUUAACUGAAUUAAAACCCCAAUAAUAGAGUGCUCCCCUAUAUGCCAUUAAUCCCCUCCUAAAUGAACUGUGUUUAAAAGGAAACUGUCAAGAUUUUAUUCCAGCAAAGCCUCUUAAGAACUUGCUGCCCUGAUAAAGCAGCAUUUGUGGAUAAAACUAAUCGGCAGUGUGCCAGUCUCCACACUUCCAGGACUGCGCUUUCUCGACACUUCCAGGACUGCGCUGC